AUGAUCAUUUCCACAACAUCAAAUCUGGUUGCAUUGACAAGUGUUGAUCACAUUCACCUCUUUUUAGGUUCUGAAUUCUUAGAGGUGUACAUUGACUUGAGUAGUAGUAGCAACGUGAAAAAAGUUAUAGCUAAAUCUACUUUCUGUUAUGCCAUUAGCCAGAUGAUUCAUUCAGGUAACUUAGCCUGGCUUGGGCAAAUUAAAGCUGGAUUGAUCUGUGACAUGCAGUCGCUGUUGAUUCCUGCAAAGUAUCAGGGUAAUGAAGGAUUCAGAAGGUCACAUCCUGUACUGUUGGUUGUUGCGGGUGAUGAGACCAACAAGUUAAGCCUUGAUCAAAAGCGUUGUCAUUUGGGUGGGUGUGGCAGAGACGGUUCUAUGGAGUUUCAAUCGGGGUUCCAGUCGGCAGUGUUAAUGGUCAGAUGUAGUCACCAGAUUGUAGCUCUGGGUCUUGAAAUACAAGUUUCUGCUGCGGCAAGAAAUUUGAUGGCUUACUAUUACUCUCCCUUGUGGCAGAUACACUGCAUUGAUAUACACUUACUGUUGAGGACAGUGUUCUCACCUAUCCCUUUCCUCAGUUUGGAGGACAAGGAACAGGUUUUUGUUAAGGAAAUUGAUUCUUGGAUACAUAAUAGUGCAGCCACUCAAACCUAUGACUGGGCUCUUCUCAUAUCAUCCAAGACUUGUGCUUCAGUCAUUACUAUUAGUGGAUUACUAAUAUCCAGCCCAAGGGACUUGCUACUUUUUAUCCCCCUUUGGUGGCAAUGCCAGCUUUCAAACUCUUGUUUCUCAUGGCAAAGGUCUAUGCCUGUAUCCCAUUGUAUCUCUACCACAGCGGUCUACUUCAUCUUAAACCAGCAAUCUUCUUCACCUCGGCACCCUUUUACCCUUUAUGUGGAUGUUCACUCUGGGGUUAAUUCCUUGGAGCAUCUGUUAGUUUAUACUCCAUCAGGCUAUGUGAUUAAACUAGAGCUUCUGCCAUCAAUUGAGGCGGAGCUAAAUGAGAGUGAUCCAGCAACUUGGUCUGGCUCAUAUGUACAUUCGGAGAGAAAAAGGAAUAUUUUUCAGAGACUGCUUUUGAUGCUCAAGAAGCUGGAGAGAACAAAGUUUCUGGAGAUAAAUCUGACAGUAAAGCUCCCCGAGAGAUCUCACUUGUAUCUAUCAAAUGCUGAGGUGCAAAUAAGUUCUGGAAGGUUACCAAUUAUGGCAAAAAUCCAAGUGAUAGACUUCUUAGAGGAGUACACUGACUUGAGAUCGAGCAGUAGUAGCAACGGUGAAAAAGGCGUUAUGGUGGAAGGUUUCCUAGUGCUUCAUAAUUGGAGACUAAGACAAGGUCACCAAAGAAACUUAUCUGUUCUUCAAACCCUGCAUUCCUUACCUCCACUGAAAGCUCAAAUGAAGCGCUCACGACUGCUUCAAGGCAUCCUGGAGCUCUCACAAAUCAGUCCAUUUGAAGGUAAAGUUGUCCUCACUUGCACUGGCUACCCUUGGUGA